GGCCGAGUUGGCAGUCGCCCACAAACACACAGGCGAUAUUUUUAACGUCGGUGAUUACUGCAGUAGAAAAUCGAACGUUGACGAAGAAACCGACAAGGUUAAUCGCCCGCACUCUUGACAAUUGUCUAUUUUCAUCAGAAAAUUUCAAGUUCUUCGUAACAGUAAAAUGGCGACAACUGGGCUGGCACAGGAGAAAAUCUGGGCGACGAAGUCUGUGUACGAUAGAGCAGAAACAGCACACUUUGAGCGACUGGCAAAGGUGGUGUCACAUAAUAUUAUGGAAUGCUAUCCAUCUAAUCCUAAGAGCUUGGUAUCUACUAAUCAACGAGAUAGUGUAACGACUAAUCAUCAGACCAAGUGCUCGUCAAAGAAAUCCAAGGAGAAAAAAAAUAAAGCCGAUAAAAGGAAUAAAUCUAAUAAAGAUGUUAAAAAUGAGGAUGCUGAACAAAAAGAGCAAAUUGUACUUAAGGAGAGCCGAGGGUCUGCUUGUUCAGUCACCCCUGCCAGUGGGAGUUUGGCCAACGAGGUUGCAAAGGCGCGUCAGCACAUAAAGAAUGGUUUACAGUGUGUCAAUAACAUCGCCACCAAUGUUAAUAUCAGCCUUCAGGAUCUGCCAGCGCGUGUGGCUGCAAUCGAGAAAGACACCAGUGAUCUCCGUAACAGUGUAGCUGAACUGAGAACUCUGAUUAAGAACCUCGAUUUAAAAGCGGGUUCAACACUCCCAGAGCCUUACAUAGCUAUCUGUCCAGCAAAGCCACAGGAGCCUGAAGCCCCAUCAAAAGACGAAGAUGACGACGACGUUGAUCUAUUCGGUUCAGACUCUGAGGGUGAAGAUGCAGCGGCCGCCAAAAUCAGAGAAGAACGUCUUGCGGCAUACAACGCCAAAAAAUCCAAAAAACCAGUACUGAUCGCCAAAUCCAACAUUAUCCUGGAUGUUAAACCAUGGGAUGACGAGACUGACAUGCAGGCAUUGGAAGCUGAAGUCAGGAAGAUCAAUACAGACGGUCUACUCUGGGGAGCAGCAAAACUGGUGCCUCUCGCGUAUGGAAUCCACAAACUCCAAAUCUCCUGCGUCGUGGAAGAUGACAAAGUCUCAGUCGACUGGUUGACUGAGGCUAUUCAAGAACGGGAGGACUAUGUACAGAGUGUAGACAUAGCCGCAUUCAACAAGGUUUAAGGCAUACGAAUUAACCCCGUAUAAAUGAUGUUCUAAUCAAUCCAUAUACUCAUGAUUACAUGUCGCCAUUCCGUUGUAAAAUGAAAUAAAGAAAAAUCCCUCUAAUAAAUAAUUAUUUGUUGGCAAUCACUUGUCAUUUUUGUCAUUAGACAUUUACAACAAUAUUGAAUUUUAAAUAGAAACUGUGGUCUAGUGUUAUUUAUAAAAAUUAUAAUGUUCCAAAAUAACAGUCUUGAUAACAAUUUAAUGUUCCGAGAGUAGCAAGAAAAUUAAAUGUGUAAAAAAAAGAUAUUAAGUAAAUAACAAAUUUUAUGCAUAAUGUGAAAACUACCAUCAGUGUCAAACUUUUAUAAUAAAUAAUUUGUUUUUGGGUACCCUGAAUGUAGCAACAACAACUAUUAUUAUUCAAUAAAAUAACUGGAGAGAAGUUGAUGGAUCAAAUUUCAUCAAUUCAACUUGCCUUCAACUAUGCAGUUACUAAUCUCAAAUUGAAAUAAAACAUCAAUAGUACUGUAAAAAACCAAACCAUCCAGAUAACGUGGGAGUUUUUUUUAUUUCUCAUAUUUACAUUGAACGAAUUGAUUUAUUUUUGUUAAAUCGACGUUGGCUGGCUGCACACUGCGUGCCAUCACAAGCAAAUUGAAAGUGCAAAAUUCAACUCGCGACUUGCGAUGCUUAUCCUGACAGCAUCAAUCGAUGUCCCGAUUAUUCGGUAAAUUCUAUUCAACUUAUAUAACUACGCUUCAUGAGUUUUGGUAAUUCUUCUUGCUUUAUUUUUCUUUUUUUUCCAUUGUUGUUCAAUCGCAUCAACUGAAGAACGAUUGUGUAUAAAAGUUGAGACAUUGACUUUUACUUCUUCCUAGGGAUGAAUGCUAAUUUAGUACUCUUUAUGGUUGUCCACUUGUGUUUCUUCAUGUAGGUCAAACCGAUUAUCAGGAUGGUACAGAUGAACAUGGA